CCCCUUCACCCCUCUGUUUCCGUUGCCGUGGCGUCCAGCCGUUGCAUCUGCCCCGCGACAAAACCGGCGUGCCGCGACCUGCCAUACUCCAUCGUCAACCGCUACAUGAGCAUCACCUCGGAGCGCUCCGUGCCCUCGGACAUCUUCCAGAUCCAGGCCACCAGCCUGUCGUCAGGCGCCUACAACACCUUCCGCAUCCGCUCCGGGGACGACAACUCCGACUUCUACAUCAGGCAAAUCAACAACAUCAGCGCCAUGCUGGUGCUGGCGCGCGCCGUCACGGGCCCCAAGGAGUACACCCUGGACCUGGAGAUGCUGUCCGUCAACCCGCUGCUCAGCUACCAGACCAGCUCCGUCCUGCGGCUCUCCGUCUACGUGGGGCCCCACACCUUCUAGAGGGAGGGGGGGGCCGAGCUGGAGGACUCCCCCAGCCCUCCGCCCACUCCCUCCCACUCCCUCCCGUCCCUCAUGGUAGUGUGGGGUGGUGGUGGUGGUGGUGGUGGUGGUGGUGAAGGAGGUGGGAAGAAGAACGGAAAGGCAGAAAUAAACGAUGAACGAUGAUGAUGAUGAUGAUGAUGAUGAUAAAGAUGGCGAGAUGUGGAACAUGGAGCAGGUUUACAGAGCAGGCCGGUUUUGGGAGGACCAGCUGAUGAAGAGGUUCUACGUCCUCCGUGUUUUUUCCAGCGGCGCCUGGUUCUCGUGGUGGAACACACCCGCAGCCUUUACGUAACCGUUGUCUGACCCACAGCGCAAACUGGUAGGAAACAUGAAGAAGGUGUAAUGGCGUUCCCCCGUCCACGUCGGGUAACAGCUAGCUCCGCCGCGAACCUCUUGUUCGCUAAUUGUAGUUUUGUCUAUUUCUUAUCUUCCCCUAUCUCUGAGGAUAUACGUUUUAUUUCUUGUCACUGUUUUAUUGCUGUUGUAUCAUUUGUUUUUGAGGUUAAUACUGUGCAUCCGUCUGAAAACAUUGUUCUGUGGUUUAAUACACGUAAUAGCAAAACACAUUUUUCCUCUUUUUUUGUGUGAGCAAAAAUGUGUGAAGUUAGGGGUCGACCCUAACGUUGUCUCAUCCAUAAACACUUUUGUAUGCCUGUCAGCCACCUAUCGGUUAUCACCUCUCAUUUAUUACGCACACUGCUUCAUCCGACAGUCAAACUUGAAGUUAAAGUUGAUCUUUGUGAAGAUAGACGCGAGACAAUAACCACUCUGAUCAGAAGCCCGCAUACCGUCCCGUUCCACAUCAACACGAGGCACUCCGAGUGUCAUUCAUGUUGAUGUGCUUUUUUUUUUUUUCAAAGAUUUGAACCAAAUUAAAACAGUAUACAUUUCCACA